GUCAGCGAGUUUCGAAUAUCGAAUUAUAUUUUUAUGUGAACAAGCAUUAAUGUCGAUUUUUUCCCACACGAGCAAAGCAAACAUGUCUGCCGUGGAGUUGAAUCCGAGACCUGUGCGGGUUUCUCCAUUAAUUAAGGCUUGCCGGUGGACAUUUCUCAUUUCCGGAAUACUGUAUGGAGCCUACCAUCACAAGCGAUUAAGCCAGAAGGAAGCAAUGCUUCGAGAAAUUGAAGAACGAGAAAGGCCAGCAAAGCAAGCUAAAAUAGCUGCCGAGAGGAAGCUUGCUAUUGCAGCGGAACAGCGAAUGCUUGACGAGCUCUUGAACCCAGCUAAAAAAUAAACUAACUCAAGUCAAACUAGUGUAAAUUAUUGUCAUUAAUAAAGUAAUUUCAAUGUUACUGAAAAUUCGAGUUUCAAGAUAUUGCUGUGCGAAUUCACCCAUCGUUUCUGUACAUUUUAAUUUGCAGCGAAAAUGUCGCUUUUGAGAUAAGCUUUUGUUGUUUAAAAAUAUGUUGAAAUAUUAAAUAAAUUUGAUUUACUUAAAACUCUC